CUGGCUAUAAAGGCAGAGCUCCCUGGAGCAGCCAGCACUUCUCCGUCACCAUGAGCACUCCCCGGGCCUGACAGCUCCAGCCUGUCCCACUGUCGCCGGCUGAAGCUGCCCUGGAGUGUGGCUGUGUGUCCGAAGCUCGGGUUGGGAUGGUGUGAGCCCGGAGCUGCUCCUCGCCCUCCCAGCACCCUCACCGGCUCUGGCAGGAGCCGAGCCCUCCAGCCGCUUGGAUGAUUUGAUUCCUCCCCUGUCCGACACCACUCCUGCCCAGAUGCAGUGGAUAAUAUUCAUGUUGCUGUUAUUCAUCAGCUCCAUGGAAAUGCUCACGCAGAACCGGUGGAAGAAGCAAGCGAGUGCUGGCCUGCUGGAGAACUGCACGGGCUGCGUCCUGUGCUCUGAGGACAAUGGCUGCAUCACCUGCCACCACCGGCUCUUCCUGCUCAUCUGGAGGGACGGCAUCCGCCAGUACGGGAUGUGCGUCCACACCUGUCCCCCGGGCUACUUCGGUGUGCGGGGUCUGGAGGUCAACAGAUGCACAAAGUGCAGGUCGCCCAGCUGCGAGAGCUGCUUCAGCAGAGACUUCUGCAUGAAGUGCAAGGACAAGUUUUACCUGUACAAGGGCCAGUGCUUCCGGCAGUGUCCCCCCGGCACCGCGGCACAGCCCGGCACCCGCGAGUGCCAAGAGACGUGCGAGCCGGGCCCGUGGAGCGAGUGGAGCGCCUGCACCCACGAGAGCCGCACCUGCGGCUGCAAGUGGGGAGUGGAGACGCGGGUGCGGGAGGUGCCCGAGGCCGCCCGGGAGGAAGGGACCGCCUGCCCCGCGCUGCUGGAGACCAGGAGGUGCCGCAUGAAGAAGCACUGCCCCGGAGAGAAAACCGAACCCAAAAAUAAAGGCAAAAAGCGACAGAAGAAGCCGAAGACAGAGAGGCACACGGGCACCUAGCGGGCACCAGCACGGGAGCUGGGGCACCAUGGCAGGAGCUCCCAGCCAACUCCUGCCACGGUGCUCCAACCACAUCACCCCUGGUUUUCCAUCCACAGGAAAAAAAAAGGAAAAAAAAUUGCACAAUUUUCUCUGCCCCCCCAUCCCCCUUUUCUUUCGAGACAAUUUAUGGCCUGUAAAACAUUUCCUUUUCAGAAAAUCUAAUUUGCAAUGUCCAAAGCAAAGCCCUAGGGCUUGGGGAGGGGGUGGCUCCUUUAUUCCUCUGGUCUUCCUUCUGCUCUAGCCUGCUCCAUCCCUUCCUCCAGACGGGUGGGAUGGGGUUAGACUGGGGCUGGACCCUGCUAAUGAAGCUGAUGCCUGGCUGGAUAGUGUUCCCCAGGGCUGGGAGAUGCCCUGGCUCCACGGGGCCCUGAUUUUAUGGGAGUGCUGGGGGGCACAGUGCAGCACUGAGCUGCUCCAGGUGCUGGACAGUGUCCCCCAUCCUCGGCCACAGGCGUGGGAAGCA